AUGUUAUCACACCUCAUCCUCACACAGCAUAAAGGUUGCCCUGGCCCCUGGAUUCCUCGCAUUGUCAGUCAAUUGUCGAGCUUCCACAAGGACCUGACGGACAAAUUCAAUGCUUUCAUUGAGCAAUACAAAAUCAGCAUAAUCAGUCAUUACCACGUAAGCUCAAAGUCAGAUGACGAUGAAAUGCUGGCCAAGAAACUCAAUGCGACGCUUGACGUACACGGUGAGAUUCAGAUUGGCCUUCCAAGAGGUGACAACACGCUGUUCAAUGUCUCCGCACACGAGCAUCAGACUCUCAUUGCCAGUAGGGUUGAAAACGCGAAGGCCUGCUCACGCAAAGACUAUCAAGAAUGGCUCCGACUUCUCACUCGAUUCGGCCUAGACAUUCCUGCGCGACAGGGUUCGAAGCCUGCCUACAAAAACCUAUGUGAUUGGAUCCUUUCAGAUGCCGGACUGGCUUCGUGGGCAGAUAAGGCCACGGGGGCUAGCAAGGAGACGGGGGCUGCUGUAAUGAAAAGCCAUGAACAACAGAGUCUACAAGACCCAGACUCAGAGGUAUCGAAUGAUCCAAAGACAGGGGAGGUCCCAAAGCGCAGCCAACACGCCGUGGCCAGGACCAUGACAACACUAGAGAUUGGAGGCUGUGUUCGAGACACCACCAUUCUCACAAGUUCCCUUAUUUCCUCACUCCGGGAGCGGCAGGAAUGGCCAAUGGACAUCUUCCUGACUCUGGCACAUCACAAGCCGCGCCCUUUUCCGCUGACAAAAGCACAGCUUAUGGCAUGUGUUUGCCGGCAGCUGCUGACAGGGCAUCCCAGCCUUUGUGUCGAAAUCCAGCCACUGCUGGCGGAUGCACGAAACGCUCUCGACAGCCACAACAUUGCCUGGAUAGAGGCCACAUUGUGGACAUGUCUCGUGACGCUUCUUGGCGGACAGGUCCUAGGCCAGCCGUUUCUCAUCGCCCAUCAGCCGGCCGAGCCUGAUUUCGCCUCGCCCUUUUUGCAACUUAUUGCCGACCUUGCUGGCUUGGUCCAAACAACAGAAAUUUCAGUCAAGAUCCUGGUCGUGCGGAAUGUGGCCUCUUGUCCGGGCACAACGCCCGAUGCCAGUACCUGUAUAAAUCCCAAUACGACCCGAGAUGGAGCCCCCUCCUCUAGUUCGACUGUUGACCAUAUACAACAAGAUACUAACCGCGUCGUUAUUCGAAAAAUGAUAGAUCCUGGCGAUACCGACGUUUUAAAAGCUCUUGGAAUGGACUACGACGCGUGUUUCGACCGUCUAGGUCCAGAGAGGGCUCAGGUUCUUUCCCGAAAAGAUGGCAUGGAAUUUUUGGCAGCGUCCACGGAUCUGGAGACUAUGCGGUACUUGUUUGCUGUGCUGGAACAACAUUCCUUCCUGUCCUUGCAGUCGGUCAGAAAAUCCCUGUUUUCGGCAAUCAGUCAGGACGUUGUCACGGCCAUACUGAAUCUGGUACCCAAAUCCGUGGAGAGUGUGGUAAGAACUGGGAUUCUAUGGAUCACCCACGCCCUGCGGCCACUUACAUGUGCCGAAUUCGCGACGGCACUUGGGAUGGGGGCAGAUGACGUCGUUGGCGACGGCCUUAGCAUAAUCACCGUCUCAGAAUUCGAAAGACUGUUGUGCGGACUUGUUGAGGUUGAGGACGGCACCGUUUACCUGGCCAGUUCCCUGCUUACUCAGCACCUUCUCCAACAGACGUCUGGUCAUGCAAAGGACUCGUCGCAUUUUCUUGGCCUCAAGCCUGCUUGUAGUCCAGACAUUGCCCUCAGUUGCCGCAGAUACAUCCUUCAUCACUACCGGAGCGGGCAGCCCGAAAAGGCAUCGGAAGAGUCGGAAGGGGGGGCUAUCGAAGCCCAGAGCUUUUCUGGUGAUGCUCCCGGUGACGUGGCGGCCGGGCAAUUGGACUCGGGGCCGCUGAUGUCCUACGCUGUCGAGCAUUGGUUCACGCAUCUACGGUUAAAAGACUACUCGUCUGGAGAUACGGAAUUGGAGGAUGAAUUUGUCUGUGACGGAGACCUGGUUCAUUGCUGCCUGCGACUUCGAAGUUCUGGACGCGCCUUUCAGCCGCCCGAGUCAAAUCAACAGACUGUGCCCAGCAUCAUCCAGAUCCGAGACCGACUGCAUGUAGACCGUGCUGAGGCCAUCAGCCUCGCACUGCAUGCAUCUGAUAUUGAAUGCGCACCCGACCAGGGGAAGUGUCCAUCCACAGUGGCCCUGGCUGCGUGUCAGAUGGGAAUCGCCAGCACUCUACACCAACUUGAUCAAUGCGGCGACUUUGGAGACGAGUAUACCCUGAAGAGAGCUUUCCAGAUAGGGUCCGACUCGUCCCUGUGUAUACUAGCAGAGAGGUACAGCGAGUUCGUCAAGAAGAAUGUGCACGAGAUUCUCCAGGAUGCAACCCGGCUUGGAAAUUCCGGCCUGAUAAUGCACUUGACGAACAAGCCCGAUUUAUGGGCCGACUCGGACCGUGGACAAUAUCAUCAACCUCUUCUACACGUCAUUGCAGCACUGGGUGGUUCGCUUCCACCGCAGGCAUUAUGGGAGCGGCAGGAGCAAUACAUUAGCCACGCCUCCGAGCAAUAUCAGGAGAGAACGCCUCUCCAUCUUGCUUCCAUGUCCGGUCAAGAGUGUCUAGUGUCCAAGAUCCUGUCCAAGCUUGGCGAGUCCGAAGCAGCCAAGGCGUCGCUCAACAUGAGAGACUUGAUGGGCGCCACCCCGUUGUUCCUCGCCAGCCAGCGCGGACGAUUCACCGUGGUGCGGCAGCUUCUCACUGCGGGCGCCGAUCACUCUGUGUGCGACAACCAAGAGCAAAGUCCGCUGCACGUAGCCUGUCGCAACGGCCAUUGGAACAUUGCCGAGACGCUUCUUGUCUGGGGGGCAGCGCCGAAUGCUAAGGACAGCGCUGGCAGAACUCCGCUGCAUCUGGCGUUGGAGAACAAUCACCUCGGAAUCGCCUUGAUGCUUCUGGGAGACACCACAUCUGCUCCGAUUCAUGAGAGGGAUGUUGACGUGAAUUCUCACGCAUCUGACGGCUCAACUGCGCUCAUUAUUGCGACCAAGGGUAACCAUCUGAACAUGGUCCGGAUUCUUGUAGGUCGCGGUGCCAGUGUAAUAUGGCGUGACGGAAACGGCCGUGACGCUCUGCAGUAUGCGGCGCAGUACGGCCACGACCAAGUUUUACACGAGCUCCUGGAGGCGGCAAAAGUGGUGGGCAGCGACGACGGGUACCAAGCGAAUCCCUCCCUUCUCUCGCUGUCGGCUCUUGCGGGCCAUGUCCAGGUCAUCAAGAUGCUGCUGGACAGAGGCUUCAGGGACACGGAUGCGCUGGUUCUGGCUUGCCAGUACGGACAGACUGCGGCGGUAAAGGUCCUUACGCCUUGCACGUCCUCGGCCAGUCUAAAUGCUGGCUACUUGAGAGCUGCGUCGUUUCAAUGGCAAGACACGGUCAAGACACUACUCGACGCCGGGGCAGACAUAAAUACCAAGUCCUCAUUAAACCUGACGGCAUUACAUCACGGUGCCUUUAGCUCCAACCCGAGGUUGGUGCAGCUUCUGGUCAGCAGAGGUGCCAAGCUUGAUGUGAGAGACAUCAGCGAGAGCACCCCCCUUCACUAUGCCGCAAGAGAGUGCUCUGUAGAAUGCCUCAAGAUACUGGUCGAGGCCGGGGCCGGCCUAAAUGUCGAGAACGAAAAGGGGGCCACUCCGCUCUACCUGGCUGCCACAGCCGGCAGUAAGGACGGCGUCGGCAUCUUGCUUGCCGCCAAGUCAUCUUUCGCUGUGCCGCAGCCCUUUGCAGGUGAGUAUUCCACAUUCCUCGACCUGGCGCUGGCCACUUUCAAACUGGACGUGUUCCGGCCAAUUGUGAAGCACGCCGCCGACAUCUGGGGGCCGGGCUUCUGCUUGUCUCCUAAAGCGUUGUUCCCCUUCCUGCAUGGGCAGAAGGAGAAGGGCCGGGACACGGAAAAAGUGCGGAUUCUGCUGGAAUAUGGCAUGGACCCGAAUCAGGAACUCGGCAACUACGGUUCGAUGCUUCAUUACGCCGCUGCCUGGGGUUGGCUGGAGCUCGCAAAGCUGCUGUGCGAGUCUGACAAGACGGACGUGAACCUCGUCGGCCAGAAACACGGGACUCCGCUUCAGGUUGCUGUUAUCGAAGGCGGCAAGGACGGUCCGAAAAUGGUCGAGCUGCUUCUCAGCCGCGGCGCCGACGUCCGCAAAGGUAGCGGCUUCUACGGCUCGCCGCUGCACGCCGCAGCUGCCAUGCCCUCAGUCGUUCCCGGGGUCGGCGUGGCCGUCGCCGUCGCCAUCGCCGAGUACAAAACCAUGGCCAAAAUGAUCCUAGAUCAUGACAACACCACUCUCAACAUACACGCCGGCCGUCACACAACACCUUUGCAGUUUGCAAUCCACGCCAAGUGGAAGAGUAUGGUCGAGUUCCUCCUGGAACGCCAGUCAAUGCUCAAGGAUAACGACGGCACGCCGCUCCAUCUCGCAGCCUACCUUGGAGAUCGAAAAGUGGUCGGCUGUCUUCUGCACCAUAAAUAUGUAUCGCCCGGGGCGCGCGACAUGUGCGGCCGCCUGCCGCUGCACCUUGCCGCAUGCUCAAGACGUUUAGGCGCCGCGAUGCAGUAUCUGGAGAGGCUCACCAACGACGAGAUCACAUUGGUAAGCACAGACGAGCACCAACGCCAGCACGCCCUCCACUUCGCGGCCGGGCGCGGACACCUAGACGUGGUGAAAUUGGUUCUUGAGAAACAUCCAGAUGCAGUGCGAGACUGCGACGUAGACGGCUGGACCCCGCUGCACUGGGCAUGUCGCAGCCAGAAUAGCGAAGUCGUCGAGUUCCUUUUAGAUAGAGAUGGCUCGACUUGUAGGAACGCAAGGAGCCUCCGAGGCUGGACCCCUUUCGACGUCGCUUGGUACCACGGCGGCCACCUUACCAGUGACGAGAGCUUGAGAAAUCGUCUCAGGCCCGACGACCCGCAGCUGCCGUUCCAGUCUCCGGCCGACAUCGCGGCCGACGAGGAGACUUCUCGACCGCUAGAGCCAGACGAAGCGGCGCCGUCAAGCUCGGGACUUGAAGUUAUCUGUGAUGCCUGCAAGUGUAUGAUAUAUGGGCCAUUAUACGAGUGUACGAGAUGUAUCGCCUUCCACAUGUGCUUCAAGACCUUCCGUCGCGUGGUGAAGAUGCACUACCGUGGCCAUCCAUUCAGGAAGAUUACAUGCUCUGGUGAGAUACUCGAGACAGAUCCGUGGGGAUAA